AUGAGCUCGUCGUCAAAUUGGCUGGAUACCAGUCGUGCGUGUGUCACUGCCUUAGAAGUUUCCACGUUUCGUCUGACACGAGUGGAUCAAAUAUUAAGGUACCUUUACUUUGAGCGCGAUUCGCCUGUCGCUCAACGGCCACAUUUACAAACGAGACAGAGCAGCGGCGCGGUGGGAAACGGCGGCGCGGAGGGACGUGAGGGCGCCGGACCCCUGGACCGUACCCCGCGGACGUCGAUGACGAUGGCCGUGACAACGUCGGCGCUACCGAUGCAGCCGAUCUACGUUCCCGCGGGAUCGUGCCCCGCCGCCGACGUCCCGAUGAAUCUGCAAUGCCGGCGACUACGGCAGCAGCAGGAGGAGGAAGAAUUAUCCCUAACGCGGCCGACGGACAUGGCCGCGUCCUCGUCGGCCAUCCGCGACGAGCCCGUCAGAACCUCGCUCUCCGCGAACGUUAUCAUGUCCCUGCCGGCCUCGCCGAAGCGGUCGUCGACGAGCAACUCUUCGUCCAGCAAGACGCCCGGCAUAUCGAAGUCGCAGAUGAAAGAAUUCAGGGAGGCCUUCAGGCUGUUUGACAAGGACGGCGAUGGAACUAUCACGAAAGAAGAACUCGGCAGGGUUAUGCGUUCCCUGGGACAAUUUGCGAGAGCGGAGGAGCUGAGAACGAUGCUGCAGGAAAUCGACAUUGACGGUGACGGAAACGUCAGCUUCGAGGAAUUCGUCGAGAUCGUCAGCAACAUCGGCGGCGCGAGCACGGCGGCGCCCACGGAUCAGGAUCAGGAGGAGCAGGAGUUACGAGACGCCUUUCGGGUAUUCGACAAACAUAAUCGUGGGUAUAUUACUGCGUCGGACCUUAGAGCGGUGCUGCAGUGUCUGGGAGAGGAUCUUUCCGAGGAGGAGAUCGAAGAUAUGAUCAAGGAAGUGGACGUGGACGGGGACGGCCGAAUUGAUUUCUAUGAAUUCGUUCACGCCCUCGGCGAGCCGGGGAUCGACGAGGACGAGGAGGACGACGAUGAGGACUUGCAAUCUCCGCUCUUCUAAAAAUCACGUUUAUUCUCAUACCUCUCUGUUAGAUAAGCCAUACCGAUACCGGGCAGAAAGCGAUGUGCAAUCUCGCUUCCGCGAAGAUAUAUUUUCCUUCUCUCUGCGUUACGCAAUCCUGCGUGAGUGCGCGUGCGAUUGACAAACGGAGAACGGAGGCUCAACUUCGACUUCGUUCGACUCCGUUUCAACGCGUUUCAUUGAAUUCUCAUACAUCCUUAUUCUCAAAUUUCGAGUCAAACUUUUAAAUGCUGGAACGCGAACGUCUCCGCUAAGCGCAUUGUGAAUAUAGAUUUUAAAAACAAAAAAAAACUUAAAAAAUAAAAAAUCUGCACCGAGCUACCGUUAUCUGCGAAUCAUCGCGGGUACAGCACGAAUUUUCGAUGUAUACUAAAAAAUACACACACGUCAUAUGCGAACCCCCCGUCGAUCGGGGAGAAGUGGAUUUUCGAUAAAUCACGAGUUUCAUAACUCGAUGGCUCGUGAGACUUGAUUUAAUUGAUAAUUAACAGUCACCAGUCGUCCGCUGAUGAACGUGCAAUAUGUGAAUGUUUUGAACCGUAAUUCUGAAAAUAAAAUUAAAUACAUGCGACUUCAUGCGAAUUCAGUGACUUCAACUCGCAUAAACUCACAGUUUACUCAUAGAUCGAAAAAUAUGUACGAAUAAAAGAAUGAUUUCCUCUAAAAUAAAAUAAUUCCUCGAGUUGCGAUGAAACGAAAAUUCCCAGUUGCAAAUGUAAGUCAAAUAAUAAAUGUACGCGAAAGUAAAACACGAGGUUACCGAGGAGCACGGUUUUUUCGUUGGCACGCUUAAGUAGAUACAGCGAUAACCGCCACGAGAGAUAAUUACGAGGCAGUUAGUAACGAGCUCGGUGAGAUUUCACUGCGCUGAGGGCAGAGUGAUAAGGUCUUCUGGCGACGCGCCAUAAGUUCGCGCGCCGGAUGGAUCAUCAGCGGUCGACUGCAUGACUUUUAUCUCGUAAAACGGAAGUUUAUUCGGGAAGAGCGAAGCCCGUGCUCCUCCGACGGACACGCUAACUGGUACCCGCGACAUAAUUCCUCGCGACAAGCGGGAGACGAGCAUCAAGUGCGAAAACGCGUAAAACUGAUUGAGAAAUAAAGAUAUAAUUCGUUUCGCACGUGUUCUCGAUCCUCAUAAGAACGUGCUUCGAUGUCGGAAGGCGACACGCGGCUUCUAAUAUAACUGACUAUACCCUCUUCCGAGUCUCUCGAUGCCGCACUUGGGGCGAAACUUUAAGAUGUAAGAUCGAUUUUAGACCGUAAUGAAUUCCGUCUCGUAUGUGGACUUUUUUCCUCGAUUUUACUCUCGUCUAAUAACUAGAUAACGUUACAUUCUAUUUAAAAGUUAAUCUUAAGAUGGAACGCGCGGACGCACCGCGGAAACUUCUCCGCGAUCAUGCGUGCGCCGCGAUGACGCGAUCGCCGAGCGAGCGAGCGGGAAGGAAAAGGGAGGAAAUCGAAAGGAUCGUACGUGUCGCUCGCUCUCAAUUCCCGACGAUCCGCGACUAUACCGUGCCGAAUCGAUGGAUCUGCCACCGAUUUCUUUCGCCUGAAGUUUAUCCGGCGACCGGCGGGCGGACUCGACAUCGAUCUUCGCUCGCUUUGCCCUCCUCGUAUUACGUACCUUAAACGACUAUAUCACUGUUACGCCAAUAACAAAGCCGCACGCUGUUUCAAAUAUUUUAAAGGAUUUAAUAAAUCGCUAAAAAAUA